AUGGCUCAUUUACAGAGCACCAGUCAGCCAAGCCGAUCCAGCCCAGGCGAGGCCCUGCAGGAGCUUACCCAUGUCGUGAAUCAGACCGUAUGCGCUCUGCAUCUCAUUGUAAUAGCCUGCACUGUACUACACCCUAGCCUUCGAGACCGGGCUGCCAAGGCUGGCAGUGGCAGAGCUUCACCAGCUGCCGAUAACGCGAUAGGCAGGCCAUGGCUGUCACGGUCACUCAGCGGUCACAGUUUGCGUUUGCGCCUUGGCGAACGAUGGAUGCCGGACGAUGUCCUUACUUGA